AUGAGCCCGGCUAACCAUUCUCAGGUGGCAGCGUUUGUGCUGCUGGGGCUCUCGCGGGAAUGGGGGCUCCGGCUCCCCCUCUUCCUCGUCUUCUCAGCCGUGUAUCUCCUCACGGUGGCUGGCAACCUCCUGAUCGUGGCGGUGGUGACCUCGGAGCCGCGUCUGCACACCACCAUGUACUUCCUCUUGGGCAAUCUUUCCUUCCUGGACUUCUGCUACUCCACCGUCACCGCCCCUCGGAUGCUGGCGGACCUGCUGUCGGGCAACCCCACCAUCUCCCUGGGAGCCUGCCUGACGCAGCUCUUCUUCUUCCACUUCAUCGGCGGCAUCAAGAUCUUCCUGCUCACGGUCAUGGCCUAUGACCGCUACGUGGCCAUCUCCCGGCCGCUGCGCUACGCCCUCAUUAUGAACCAGACCGCCUGCGGGCUGCUGCUGGCGGCCUCCUGGGUGGGCGGCUUCAUCCACUCCAUCGUCCAGGUGGGGCUGACCGUCCGCCUGCCCUUCUGCGGGCCCGACCAGCUGGACAACUUUUACUGCGACGUGCCGCAGCUGAUCAAGCUGGCCUGCGCGGACACGUUCGUCCUCGAGCUUCUGAUGGUGUCCAACAAUGGCCUGGUGACGCUGCUCUGCUUCCUGGUGCUGCUGGGCUCCUACACGGCGCUGCUGCUGCUGCUGCGCGGCCAGGCCGGGGAGGCCCGCGGCAAGGCCCUGGCCACCUGCGCCUCGCACGUCGCCGUGGUCACGCUCAUCUUCGUGCCCUGCGUCUACAUCUACGCCAGGCCUUUCCGGACCUUCCCCAUGGACAAGGGGGUCUCUGUGCUCUACACGGUGGUCACCCCCAUGCUCAACCCCGCCAUUUACACGCUGAGGAACAAAGAUGUCAUCCGGGCCAUGAAGAAGCUGUGGAGGAGGCGGAAGGGGCUUCGCAGCCACUCGGAACCGUGA